UUACACCUAUUUAAUUUUACUGUCAUAUUUUCCACUCAUCCAAACACGCCACGAGUCUUUGCUCGUUUAUAUCGCCGCCGCUACAUAUCCAGUCGCCGGAAUCCCAUUUCCAAUCUGCGUCUUUGCUGCUCCGAUCUCUUUUACCGAUUCUUCAAUGGCGUCCGCCGCAACUUCAACGGCUCUGCUAUUCUCAAACCUCAAAUCCGCCAUUUCACCAAAGUCCUCCGCAAACCCCUCUUUCGCUAAAACCCUAACUGUUCAGUCCUCUUUCAAUGGUCUCCGCAAUGCCAAGCCCUUGCUCUCCCGUGUCCCCCGCUCCCUAUCUUCCCGCGCCGCUCAAGCUAAGCACCGCAGCUUCGUCGUUCGCGCUUCAAGUGAACUUCCAUUGGUAGGGAAUCAGGCACCAGAUUUUGAGGCUGAGGCUGUUUUUGAUCAGGAAUUCAUCAAGGUUAAGCUUUCAGACUAUAUUGGGAAGAAAUAUGUGAUUCUCUUUUUCUACCCACUGGACUUCACAUUUGUUUGUCCCACCGAGAUCACUGCUUUCAGUGACCGCUAUGAGGAAUUUAAGAAGUUGAACACUGAAAUUUUGGGUGUAUCAGUUGACAGUGUGUUCUCUCAUCUUGCAUGGGUCCAGACAGAUAGAAAGUCUGGGGGCUUGGGUGAUCUGAACUAUCCAUUGAUUUCUGAUGUCACGAAAUCAAUAUCAAAAUCUUAUAAUGUUCUGAUUCAUGAUCAGGGAAUUGCGUUGAGAGGACUCUUUAUUAUUGACAAGGAGGGAGUUAUUCAACACUCCACCAUCAACAAUCUAGCUAUUGGCCGAAGUGUUGACGAAACAAUGAGAACACUCCAGGCGUUGCAAUAUGUCCAAGAGAACCCAGAUGAGGUAUGCCCGGCUGGAUGGAAGCCCGGGGAGAAGUCGAUGAAGCCAGAUCCCAAGCUGAGCAAGGAAUACUUUGCAGCUGUGUGAGCAUGGCGGGCUUAAACGCAGCCACACAACCGCCCCACAUCUCUUGCUUGUAGAGCAUAUAGAGUUUUCGGGUUCUGUAGCACAUCCCCUCUUGGGCUUGUUCAAGCAUUUUAUUGAAUAAAUAUGUGAAGAAUUUCAUGUUUGGGCUUGUACCCAAUUUGGGCAAGUUAGUGCACUAGAAAUUUGUACUCUCUGCUAUUACUGCUUACUAUAUUGAAGUGAGGCUUGAUCAAUAAAAUGCAUAUUGCAGGGUGCAAUGCUUUAAAAUUUCAAUA